UCCAAAAUAUGGAACAAAAAAUCAGACUUUUUUUACGGUACAGUAUUGAUAGACUAUAUAUAUAUAUGAACUAUGAAGGAAGCUUGCUGAUAAAAUUGGUGGUGCUGGAUUCCGAAGCUUUAAACGCAAAGUCUGAGAUUGAUAACUGUAGGAUGGUGGAUCUUGCAAAUUGCUACGUAGAAAGCGGAGGUUUAUUUCUCCUUUUAAAUACCAAUCUGUCCCUCGAUAUUUCCAAAAACGAUGCAAAUAUCGAAAUGUCAUCCGACUAUUGUGAGAAAGGGAAAGUGAAACAAUUUGGAGGCCUCGAUUGCUACAUUUCAGGCCCUUCUCAUUCCGAAACUGCUAUCAUAUUGAUAACCGACGUCUUUGGAUUUGCACCUUCUCAUUCAAGGGAGAUAGCAGAUAAAGUAGCUGCUGCUGGAUAUUACACUGUGCUUCCAGAUUUUUUCCGUGGCGACCCAUAUCAACACGGAGCACCUUUGACUCCUUGGUUGAAAAAGCAUGCACCUGAAGAGGGAAUUAAAGAUGCAAUUCCAAUUAUUGAAGCUUUAAAAGGCAGAGGCAUUACUAAGAUUGGAGUUGCUGGUUUUUGCUGGGGAGGCAAAGUAGCAGCAGACCUGUCGAAGUAUCCUUACGUCGAAGCUACCGUGUUGCUACAUCCUACGUACACUACUACAGAAGAUAUUCAAGGAGACAAGGUUCCAAUCUCAAUUCUUGGAGGCGAGAAGGACACUUAUUGCAAACCAGAGCUUGUCAAAGAAUUCGAAAAUAUUUUGAAAUCAAAGCCCGAGGUUGAUAGUUUUGUGAAGAUAGUCCCAGGAGUUGACCAUGGUUGGACUCUAAGGUACAACAGUUCCGAAUUCGCAUUAAAGAAAGCAGCAGAAUCUCACAAUGACAUGUUGGAUUGGUUUGAAAUGCAUCUCAGAUAUUAAAUCAAUUUCCCUAAAUAAAUAAAUGUUGUUUUAGAUUUAUUGAGAUGUAAUUAAUAAGUAUUUCCAGUUUGAAAUGUAUCAAAAAUGGAAAUAUUGAGAAAAUACAAUGUAAAUUGUAUUUUUGGAUGGAUGUAUUUAAUAAAAAAUCUUACCUAUUCUGAU